UAUUUAGUUGGCUUUGCAAACAGUUUAAUGGUAACUAAAUAAUAAGUGAGUUCGAAAUAUUUGUAAAUUGCUCAACAACUGAAUCAUGACUAAAAAGCCGAAUCAAUUGUAUUGCCGACUUAUCUUGCUGCUGGUCAUAGGCUAUGUAGUGCUGCAGUGCUGCAGCUUUUAUCUUAUGGACAUUGCGAACAUGAAGCCGAGAGACGAUUCAGUGAAUAAGAAUAUAACUAAAUAUUUAAAUAUUAUAUAUCCUUUCAUGAUGGAUGUCAACACUGCACAGAUGAUAUCUAAUGAGAGAAAGUUUAGUCCUCUGGAAAAUAGCUCGGCUAUUAUUGUUAUACAGGUGCACAAGGCAACUAGUUACCUGCCGCGCUUGAUAGAAAGCCUUUCUCAUGCCAAUGGCAUUUCCGACGUAUUGCUUAUAUUCUCAUAUGAUUUUUUUGAUGAGCAAACCUAUGAUUCAGUGCUAGCGAUUGAGUUUUGUAAGGUGAUGCAAAUCUUCUAUCCACAUUCCAUACAGCUGUAUCCACAUAGUUUUCCUGGUACCGAUCCGAAUGACUGUCCUCGCAAAAUGUCGAAAUUAAAGGCCUUAAUCAUGAAUUGUAACAAUGCUCUCAGUCCAGAUCUGCAUGGUAACUACAGAGACGCCCGAUAUACGGAGAAAAAACAUCAUUGGUGGUGGAAGGCCAACUACGUUUUCCAUAAGCUUGAAGUAACCAAGAAUUUUACUGGUUUAGUUUUAUUCCUGGAGGAAGAUGAUAUAGUAGCAGAAGAUUUUUUGUUUGUGCUCUACAAAAUGCAGAAAUUUGCCAAGAAGCUAUGCUCGCAUUGCAAUAUUUUUAGUCUGGGUAGCGAUCUGGGUUCUCUCAAGCCUAAUUCGACACGAGAUGACAACGCAUAUUCCAAGGUUCAAUAUGCAGCUUGGUCAAGUGAACAGCAUGCUGUUGCAGUCGCCUUCAAUGCAAGCACCUGGUCUGAAAUCCAUACUUGCGCUCAAGAGUUUUGCACAUACGACGAUUAUAAUUGGGACAAAUCAUUGGACCACAUAGGCGAAACAUGCAUCAAAGGCGGUCUUAAUGUGCUUACUGUCAAGAAAUCUCGGGUUUAUUCCACUCGAAAUAGCUCAUAUCUGAACAUGUUUAAGGCAAAUCUGGAGUUCAGUUCAGCCAGUAAACUUGGCCAGCUUUAUCCGACCACACUCAAACUAUCCAGAUCAAUUCUAAAAGCUGCAACUAAGCAGCCCAUCGAGGUCACACAAAGUGGGGAAUGGAGUGAUCCACGUGAUCAUCGGCUUUGCCUAAACGCAGCGUAUGCCUAAUAAUAAAUUCAACUUCAAUUUA